ACGCGACAUGGUGGGGACCGACGCAAAGUAUAGUUCGUAAUAUAUAUACACCAGUAGCUGGAAAGUAUCAGUGAAUUCGUGGUCAGCAAACAGUCGACUCGACUAGUUACGUGUGUUAAAAAGCAGUAUUCAAAUCAAGACAUGUGUAUCAGGACCGAAGUGGAUCAGUUACUCGGUAUCUCACAGAUGCUGGACAAAAUCGACAGGAACGAUUAUCCUAACAAGCCUAAAAACCUGAACAGGCUACUAGGUAAAGCCAUGUCUGACACUGCCUUAGUUCGGCCUAGCACGAUUCACCAGGAUGCCUUGGCCGUUAGUACUGCCUAUACGAGGAGAAUGUGCGAAAAAGUCGGUGAAUUGUUAGAAAGAUUUCAACGAUCGAAAGCUUGGAUUAUUUUGACGAGGACAACGCAGCCAGUUCACGUAGUUGCUGUAGUGGCCGUACUUCUAAUAAGUUCUUUGGUUUAUCCAUCUCUAGUUCACAGUAACCAUCGGUUACAACCGGAGCCAAUGGUUCAUGAGCAAAGUACAUUCGCCAAUUUGUUAUAUUUAGCUGCAUUCUGCACUCACUUUGGUACACAAGUUUGGAUGACAUUUGUCUCAGGUCUGGCGUUAUACUUCUCGCUUCCGAGACACACGUUUGGGCUUUGCCAGGAAGUUUUGUUCCCGAAAUAUUUCGCGUUGAACGCUGCGCUCAGUGCCGCAACCCUUAUUCUGUACGCGCGUCGAGGUGCAACCACCGAUUCGGUGCAACUGUUCGCUCUUGCAUUCUGCACGGCGCUUGAGCUGGGCGUGCGCUUGUAUUUAGCGCCGCCGAUUUUGCGUCUGAUGCGCGCCAAGAACGCCGUUGAAGCAGCGGCAGGAAUCGGGAAUGAAGUGGGCCAACUAAACGCUGGAGAACUGAUAAAGAAGUGUCCACAUUAUGCGUCGCUGCACCGUGCGUUCAGAAGCGUACAUGUUGCUGCGGCAGCAGCUAAUGUCAUGGCUAUGGCUUGCACGUUUGUGCAUUUGCAUCAUUUAGCUGGUAGGAUGUCGGGUCUAUGA